AUGGUUCACUGCCUCGGGGACGAAGAAAAAGCAGCCGCAACGCGUAAGGUCGUGGAGGCGGCUCUCGAGCCUCACGGUCUCGACUGGGACAAUGUCUCCGACGUAGUCCCCGCUUGGGGGAACGGCCAGGCAAUAUUCACUCAGAAGCGGGCUCUCUCCUGGGGCUUCCGCUUUGUGGUUCCCACCAAGGUCAAGGACAGAAAGGCAGUCCGUGCGGCGCUGGAGGCUGCGCUUGAGAAGAAUCCAAUCCACUUCUCUUUCUAUAUCCGAGAGGAUGGAUCAGUGUCCAACAGGAAGUCGUUGGCAUUACAUGUCAAUCUGAAGCCGAGCCGGGAUGUAUUCGAUUUGGUCAUAUCAUACGCGCCAAAGCCACUCAUGAACCAUGCCACACACGAUGCCAUGUCCCUACAGGGCCUCUUCUUCUCCGACCUCGACCGCGCUCUCUCAGACCCCUCAUCUCUAAGGGACCACACGCCGUACAAAAUCUUCGCAGACACGUACUACUCCCUCGGAACAUCCCGCAUAGCGCAGCAAGGCAUAAACUUCCACGCCACACACCUCAGGGGCAUCACGUCGCACAGAAAGGCGGCAUCUUGGCCGCCCCAGCGAGCCCCGGACUGGCUCCUCGGCUCACGGAGGGGCUGGGUCCCGCCCGCAGACGCCGCGGCGCAGGGCUUUUCCAACCCAACCGGUGAGCCCCUGGAGGACCCCGAGCGGCGCAGCGACGGCGGCAGCGCGCCCGUCUCGUGGCGGGGCGAGCUGCCCGGCCUCAACGCCUUCCGCGCGAGCGUCCCUGGCCUCACCAACCCCGUGAUCGCCAAGGCCGCGCUGGCCCUGCUGAACGUCCGCUACACGGGCGACACGCACGCGCUCUUCAGCAGCCUGGACGCCGGGAGGGUGGCGCUUCCGUUUGUCCCGGGGAGCCUCGGCGCGGCUGUCGCCGAUAUAAACCCCGCCGACAUGCCCGGCCCCAUGUUCCAGCGGCUCGCAAACCUGGUCCGCGUCGACGCGGGCGAGACGCUGGGGGACUACCUGCUCCGGGUCCAGGAGCUGCAAGAGGGUCAGACGAGGCACUGCCACGCGCCGCUGGAUGCGAUAUGCGAGGGGCUGGGGCCCGAGGCCGCCGAGAUGGUGCUGGAUACGUGCCGGCGUCAGGUGUUCAACUGGGUGCCUGGGCUGGGCGCCAUGGACAAGAACCCGUUCAGGAACUUGGAGCUGCUGGACUCCAGGACGCGGGCGGACAUUGGUGUCGUGAUCUUCGCCGGCACGGGUGGCAAGGCCGGCCAGGACUUUGUCCUGAGGGUGCUUUGGGAUGAUUCCAACUUCACUAGGACAGAGGUCGAGAGUUGGUUGCGCGAGUACCGGGCUGUGAUCGAAUGGGUUGUCAGCGGCGGCAAAGAGCGCCGAGUGGGCGAGUAUUUCGAUGUAGUCAAUGGCGCAUGA